GGCGAAGGGGGCGGAGAGGGAGGAGCGCGGCGGGACGGGGCUUGGGCCGCGCGUACUUCGGCCGUGGGCUUCCCUCGACGGCGGCGGCGGGAGUCGCUGCGGCUGCGGCUCCAGCAGCAGGUACUGGGCGAGAUUAAGCAUUGGCACCAUGAACUGGAAUAAAGGUGGCCCUGGCACUAAGAGGGGAUUUGGCUUUGGAGGUUUUGCCAUUAGUGCUGGAAAGAAGGAGGAACCAAAACUUCCACAACAGUCCCAUAGUGCCUUUGGGUCAACCAGCUCAGCUUCUGGAUUUGGAAAGUCAGCUCCACCACAGCUCCCUUCUUUCUACAAAAUUGGAUCUAAACGGGCCAACUUUGAUGAAGAAAAUGCGUAUUUUGAAGAUGAGGAGGAAGACUCUAGCAAUGUUGAUUUACCUUACAUUCCUGCUGAAAACUCGCCUACCCGCCAGCAAUUCCAUUCCAAGCCUGCAGAUUCUGACAGCGAUGAUGAUCCCUUGGAGGCAUUCAUGGCUGAAGUGGAGGAUCAGGCGGCUAGAGAUAUGAAGAGACUUGAGGACAAGGACAAGGAAAGAAAAAACGUAAAGGGUAUUCGAGAUGACAUUGAAGAGGAAGAUGACCAAGAAGCUUAUUUUCGGUACAUGGCAGAAAAUCCAACUGCUGGUGUGGUGCAAGAGGAGGAGGAAGAUAAUUUGGAAUAUGAUAGUGAUGGAAAUCCAAUUGCACCUUCCAAAAAAAUCAUUGAUCCUCUUCCUCCCAUUGAUCAUUCAGAGAUUGAUUAUCCACCAUUUGAAAAAAAUUUUUACAAUGAACAUGAAGAGAUAACCAACCUCACACCACAGCAGCUUAUAGAUCUCCGGCAUAAGCUCAAUCUUCGGGUCUCUGGUGCUGCACCUCCUCGACCAGGAAGUAGUUUUGCUCAUUUUGGGUUUGAUGAACAACUUAUGCACCAGAUUCGGAAGUCUGAAUAUACACAACCCACUCCAAUACAGUGCCAGGGUGUGCCUGUUGCCUUAAGUGGUAGAGAUAUGAUUGGCAUUGCCAAAACAGGCAGUGGAAAAACUGCAGCCUUUAUCUGGCCUAUGUUGAUUCAUAUAAUGGACCAGAAAGAAUUGGAACCAGGAGAUGGGCCAAUUGCAGUGAUUGUGUGUCCUACUAGGGAGUUGUGCCAACAGAUUCAUGCAGAAUGUAAACGGUUUGGGAAAGCAUAUAAUCUUCGAUCAGUGGCCGUGUACGGAGGCGGGAGCAUGUGGGAGCAGGCCAAGGCUCUUCAGGAAGGGGCAGAGAUUGUUGUGUGUACUCCAGGUCGAUUGAUUGAUCAUGUAAAGAAGAAAGCUACCAAUCUUCAGAGAGUGUCUUACCUUGUGUUUGAUGAAGCAGAUAGAAUGUUUGACAUGGGAUUUGAAUACCAGGUGCGGUCCAUUGCAAGUCAUGUCCGUCCUGACAGACAGACUCUCUUAUUCAGUGCAACUUUUCGGAAAAAAAUUGAAAAAUUGGCCCGAGACAUCCUGAUCGAUCCUAUUCGAGUCGUGCAGGGAGAUAUUGGAGAGGCAAAUGAAGAUGUGACACAAAUAGUGGAAAUUCUCCAUUCUGGGCCCAGUAAAUGGAACUGGCUGACACGACGUCUGGUGGAGUUUACCUCUUCAGGAAGUGUCCUCCUCUUUGUGACUAAGAAAGCCAAUGCUGAAGAGCUAGCCAAUAAUCUUAAGCAGGAGGGUCAUAACCUUGGGCUGCUCCAUGGGGACAUGGAUCAAAGUGAAAGAAACAAGGUCAUUUCAGACUUCAAGAAAAAGGACAUUCCGGUCCUGGUUGCCACAGACGUUGCAGCCCGUGGUCUAGACAUCCCUUCUAUUAAGACUGUCAUUAACUAUGAUGUGGCACGAGAUAUUGACACUCACACUCACAGGAUUGGCCGUACGGGACGAGCAGGAGAGAAAGGAGUUGCCUAUACCUUGCUGACCCCUAAGGAUAGCAAUUUUGCUGGUGACCUUGUCCGGAACUUGGAAGGGGCCAAUCAGCAUGUUUCUAAGGAACUUCUUGAUCUGGCAAUGCAGAAUGCCUGGUUUCGGAAAUCCCGCUUCAAAGGAGGGAAAGGCAAAAAGCUGAACAUUGGUGGAGGUGGCCUAGGCUACAGGGAGAGGCCUGGCCUGGGCUCUGAGAACACGGACCGAGGCAGUAACAACAAUGUCAUGAGCAACUAUGAGGCUUACAAGCCCUCCUCAGGAGCCAUGGGAGAUCGACUGACAGCAAUGAAAGCAGCUUUCCAGUCACAGUACAAGAGUCACUUUGUUGCUGCCAGCUUAAGCAAUCAGAAAGCUGGAAGCUCAGCUGCCGGGGCAAGUGGAUGGACUAGUGCAGGGAGCUUGAAUUCUGUUCCAACUAAUUCUACCCAGCAAGGCCAUAAUAGUCCUGACAGCCCCGUUGCCAGUGCCAACAAGGGCAUCCCAAGUUUUGGCAAUUCCGGGAACCUCAGCAGUGCCCCAGUGACUUACCCUUCUCCUGGAGCCCAGGGCAUCAACAACACAGCUUCAGGGACUACCAGCCGAGAAGGGAUUGGGGGUGGCAAUGGGAAACGAGAGCGAUAUACUGAGAACCGGGGUGGCAGUCGUCAUAGUCAUGGAGAAAGUGGCAAUCGGCAUGGUGACAGUCCACGUCAUGGAGAUGGUGGUCGCCAUGGAGACGGAUACCGGUACCCAGAAAGCAGCCGUCACACUGAUAGCCAUCGACAUGGGGAGAACAGGCAUGUAGGAGGAGGUGGAGGAGGAGGUGGUGGAGGUAGUGGAGGUGGUGCUGGAGGUGGAGCUGGAGGUGGAGGAGGAGGAGGAGGCCGACAUGGGGAAAGCAGAAGUACAAAUGAUGGUCGGAAUGGUGAAAGCAGGAAAGAAGGUUGUAAUCGUGAGAGCAAGAUGGACCCCAAGGUGGACAGCAGCAAGAUGGACAAGACGGACAGCAAGACAGAUAAGACAGCUGAUGUCUUUGCUGUCCCUGAGCCUCCCAAACGCAAGAAAAGCCGAUGGGACAGUUAGAGGAUAUGUGCUAAAGGGUAAAAUCAAUUGUCUUUCAUUUUACUUUAAGAGAGAUUUUGGUAAUUAGGUGUCUCAGGGCUGAGCUGGGGCCUGAGGUAUAAGGCCUUCUGCCCUUAGUGGCUAGCUGGAGCCUGGAGCCUGACCUUUUUCAUCUGGAUCAUUUUCCAGAUGUUUUCUCGGGAAGCUGCUUGGUCCUUGGAAACGUUGAGAGCUGGAAACCUUCUUUGGGUUCUGGGUGAGUUAUGGUCAAUUGAGGAAACCUUGGAAGAAAAGGGCCUUUUGACAAAACUCACUCUAGGUUUAUAUUUUAUGUAGCAUAUAUUUUUUACUAAAAUGUCACCUUACAAGCAACCACAGAUUAAAAAUCUUAGCUGUGUGGGAGUUGGUUUCCACAAAUCCAGUCUGUUGAGGUGUUAACGACAUUGCAGUAAAGGGAAGAUGCUUCUUUCUAAAUGAACUCAUCACGCUCUCCAGCUGAGACGUGAGGUAGCACCUGCCAGACCCAGAGCCUUUUGAAGGGGAAAAAAAAUAAUCCUGGGAACAGUUCUAGGAUUGCUCCAGUUCUAAAGUGCUCGCUAACAUUAAAAACAAGACCCAACAGCAGCUUUUUAAGUGUCUUCUAUUUCAUUGUUUUUUUUUUAACUUGCCACGAUGGUAGAAAAAUCUUUUGCUGAUGAUUUUUGUUCUAUCUUGUUUAUAAAGGAGAAGAAAUAUACAUACUUUGAAUUUUGUGACUUUGUGAAGGUUUCUUUAAGAUGUGCAUUCCUUUCUGCUUGCUCUAGUAAAUGUUUUACCACUGGGA